AGUUCCCAAGGAGAAACCAAAGGAACGAGGUCGUGAAUCCGGGAUCCUCCGUUAAAAAAAAUAAAAAACCAAAACAGCACGAGGGGAGGAAGGAGGAUAAAAAAGACGGGGCGGAGCGGGUCGGUGUCGGUGCGGUGACCGAGCAGCGUGCACGGAUCCCGGGGUAGCGGUCUGCAGGAGCUCUGACGGUCCGGAUCCACCGAGAAGCGGGGCAUGUUCUGCGUGAUGUGAUGGAGGAGAAAGCGCCCUAAAGUAACUUUGAAGGCUAAUCUUCCUGGGACUGAAGGUGAACCAGCCCUCUGGUUUCCUUUUGGAUGCAGAAUAUCCACUUAGCCCGCUGCUCCAUCUGCAGCUCACAGUGGGAGCGAGGCGGAGAGGAGAGGCUUCCUGCUGAGGUUUCCUGAGCUCCAAACACGCACAGCGACCAACAAAACACAGCAACGCCUCCUCUCAUCCGUCUCUUUUUUUCCCCGUGAUGGUGACUCAGCGGCCAUCUGCUGCCCGGCAAGUCCUCUCCUGACUUAUUACCCUCGAUUUGUUUAUUAACGGGACGACACUGAUGCCUCUAUCUGCUCCACCUAUCUCCUCCUCUUCCUCACCUUCCUCCUCUUCGGUGGGCUGCUAUCAGCUCCGGGCCACGUCUGUCUGCUGGAAGCUCCAGACCGAUCUCUGAAGCCGGGAUCUGAGCCAACGACCGGCAGGAGGAGAGAGGCAGCGUAGAGGCUGGAUUAAAAUGGGGCUGCAGAUCUUGGUUCCAGCCGACUGCCAGUCCACCGGCCGCCCUCUCUGCCCACCGCCAUGCCAGACGUGAAGCCCCCCCCACCAUGUGACUACCCCUCCACCUCCACCGCUGCAGCCCCCGCCGGCUCCUCUCACCUGGACCUGGUCAUCCACAUGGAGCCCUGUAUCGCCAACCUGUCCCCCGACCCCCUGUCCUCCUUCCCCCGACACCGACCCGACCUGCCCCCCUACCCGGGACCGGUCUUCCCCCUCCUGGCCCGCUGUAGCAGCAGCACCCUGCUCUCUCACCUGGGCCUGAGGUGCUGCCCCGGCCAGCAGGGCCCUCUGGGGCUGUACUCGGGUCAGGGGUCGGUCCCUGGAUCCCACACUGGGAGCGGCGGCAGGAGGCCUUACAGGAGCAUGGAGAACCUGAACUGGAGCGCUGUGGUGGAUCCUGGCCUGUGCACGCUCAGCGCUGCCCCCUACAGGAGCGUGGACAGUGAGUUUAUUCUACGCUAUGCCUCCUCCAGCCACUGGUACGACGGGCCUCCGGAUGGAGCUCUGGUUGGGCCUCACUCUCCGGAGAGUCUGGCCUUUUACCCUCGACUGCCCAGGAAGGACCUGCCGCUCUUCCCUCAGCUGCUGCUUCCUGGUGGUGUCGACGAAUGGGAUGCACGAAAGGGCCUGAGGGAGAAGCUCCGCCUCCAGAGUGCCAGGUCAGCCGUGGAGCCUCUGAAGCCCCUCCCACUGCGGCCUCAGGUGACUCUAGAGAGCAUGCAUAAUGGGAAUAACGGGGCCAGACCGCCGUGCACGAUGCGCAUCACCAGCCCAGAGGAGAUCAAGCAGGAGGUUUUGAGGCGCUUGCAGCUCCGGAGGCAGAAUAGUAGCCCCAACCUCGCUCUCCACAGCUCCCCGUGCAUCCCGACAGCAGUAAGAACAUCCUUCACGACUGACAGCAUCGCAGGAAACAAGAAGGAACCAGACUCUGCAUCAGAGCACCGUAGACCUCCUGUGGGACGUUUGCACAUCCCGACGUUUGAGGAGUUUAAGAAGAUGAGGCAGAGGGACGGGAGUCUAGAGACCACCACGGGAAAACCUGACAGAUCAGACAAAAGGACCGAGUGGACCUCUCAGCUGGGUUCGAGUGGAGAGCAGAGAGGAGAUCCUGAGGAGGUGGAGGGAGGAGAAAGGACUGGCAGCAGUGAUGAAGGGCUGCAGACCUCCUCAGAGAUACUGGCCUCCAACACCAUGAGCACCACCAGCGCUGCUUCUCCCUCCUCCACCUCGGUUUCUUCGGCCUACUCCCCCAUCCGGACCGGACCGUCCCCACGCUCACCGCUGCAGCCACAGGCCAGCUCGGCCCAGGACAAAGCCUCUGUUGUAGGAGGAGACGACGGAGGCGCCAGGCGUCGGAGGAGCAGUCUGGAACCGGCCGGGUCGGUUCCAUUCCCGCCCGGCAGGGAGAACUGGGAACGUCCCUCCAGCUGCUGCCCGGCGCUGCUCCUGGAGGGAACCGACCUGUCCAGCUACGGAGCCAAGAUCUACAAGAUGAAGGACGGGCUCAUCGGCUCGGCACUGGACCUCAUCAAGAAGAGCUGCAGUGCAGAGAUCUCUGCCGAGGCCCCCGUCAGGCUGUCAGGUGACCGGGACGGAGGCUGUGACAUCACCACCUCCUCGACCGACUGUCAGCCCUCCGCCGUUGCCAUGGCAACGUCGGCAACGGCCUGCGGAGCCGAGGCUGGCGACGAGGCGCCUGCAGGAGAAGGAGGUGGUGAAGGAGAGGAAACAGCAGAAUGCCUCUCCAGCCUGGGCUGCCGGCGCUCCAGCUUGGAUGCAGCCUAUGAGCUGGCGGAGACGGUGAGAGCCCAGCGUGAGUGCCGCCUCCGGCCCCACUACAGCGACCCCAUGCCGGCCGACGCCUCCAAACGCAAACAGCUGGAGAUGAAGAUCGCUGCCGCCGCCCGGCUGCACAGCCACCGCCGAGACCGAGACCGGGACCGAGACAGCGCUCCAGCAGCGAUCCGGGGCCGAUCAGAGCCUCCAGGUGAGGAGCGCCAGGCGGUUCUGGGCGUGACUCGGUCCGGGCAGCACCGCUGGAGCACCAUCAGCAGCCUGAGCGCUGACAGCGGGGUGGUGGGUCUCAGCGAUGAGCGGGACGAGGAGGACAGCGAGCCUCGGCGCUACCGCCGGAGCCGGGGAGCCGAGGUGGAGCGAGUGGACAGUGGCAUCGGUCCAGGUCUGUCCCGCACCUGGAAGAGACCAUCGGCCUCCUUGAGAGCCUGGGAGGCCCAGAGACCCUGUCCAGACUGCGGGCUGAGGGACGGAGCCUCCAAGGAGCGAGGAGAGCGGAUGUGUGAACGCUGCUCCAAGCUGAGGACGGAGCGAAAGGAAGCUAUCCUGGAGUUUCUGAACACAGAGUCGAGCUACGGCGAAGACCUGCGGAUCAUCAAGGAAGAGUUCUACUGUCCCAUGCAGAGUGCCGGGCUGCUGACGGCCGAGCAGCUGCUGGUGGUGUUCGGGAACGUCCAGGAGCUGAUCGAUGUCAACGACCGCUUCACCGAACACCUGCAGGACAGCAUCGACCAGGCCUUCGACCAGGGCGAUGAGGAUCUUCUGACAGUCUACAUCGGAGAGAUCUUCCUGGAGUUCGUGAACAUGCUGCCUGCCUUCCAGACCUACUGCCUGCAGCAGUCCACCUCGGUCAACAUGCUCAACACGCUGGAGAAGGAGAAAGAACUGCUCAGAAUCUUCCUGGAUGUUUCCCAGAAUGACAACACGGCACUGCGACGUAUGAACUUGCGCUCCUUCCUCAUGGCACCUCUCCAACGCGUGACCAAAUACCCACUUCUACUGAGCCGCAUCAUUAAGGUCACUCCCGAGUGUCACCCUGACUACUCGCGUCUCCGUGAGGCCAAGAGUCGGGUCGAAUCCCAUCUAGAGCACAUCAACAUGAAGACCAAGCAGGAGGGCAACGGCGUCUCCUGGUCCCUGCGCUCGUUCCGUCGCGACAGCCGCAAGAACCGGGAGGUGAUCAACAUCGAGAUGAGGGAGGUGUCGAUGAAGACGGUGGGCUGGGCGAGGGAAAACACGAGAUUCGUAAUGGAAGGACCGCUGCAGUUGUCCCAACCGGCAGAUGGGCAGUGGGUGAAGAAGGGCAGCAAGGCCCUCAAGUUCCAGAACGUCCAGAGUCUGCUGAUGGUGAGGACACAACGAUCCAGCGAAGCCCCCACACAGGGCACCGACUCAGCGGCACGAGGGGAUCAGGUGGAAGGUGGCGGAGAGAGCAUUCGAGACGGAGUGCUGGUUCUAAUCAAGGACAAGAGCAGCGGGAAGUUUGCGGUGCUUCGAGAGCCCAUCCGUCUGGGGAACUGUGUGGUGUCGACGGAUCCGGACAGCGAGGACACAUUCGAGGUGCUCGAUAUUCGGCGGGAAUCUUUCGUUUUCCGUGCCUCGGACAAAUCCCGUACCCAGCAGUGGUUCCAUCAGAUCAAGAGAUACGCCCGUGACUUAGGCACCUGGAGGAAAAGACGUAAUGCUUUACCCAACAUCAUGAUCAACACAAACCAGACGCGCUCUUGAGACUAGCCACGUUUGUUGCACUGUAAAUACCCUGAAUCCUUCUACUGCAAAAAUCAACUGAAGCAUUUCUGAGUGACGCCACUGUUAUAACUUGUUAGAUUUCAGUAAAAAAAAAAAAAGAAAAUCUUUCUCAAAGUCUCGUGAGAGUAAGAGAAAGAUGAAGCACUUUUUUCUUACAAAGCUCUAAGUGCGCCAUACUGUCAUAAAAUAUGUAUGUAGAUUUAAUUUUAAGCCGUUACAUUUCCAAAAAAUGAAAUCACAAUCUUGGGACGACCAAAAACCUUGGGCUGUGCUUGUCAGCCUUGAUUGUAAAGACUGUUGGAGAAAAAGAGCUGCGUUUUCAGUAAAUCAAGUGUGUCUGUUGGAAAGCAUGACUGACUGCAAAAAGAAAAAUUGUAAUGUCAUUUUUUAUACAAGACAGCGGGGGCUAAAAACAUUUGUUUCUGAAAAGGUGGAGAUGUCGACAAGAGCAUUGUUCAUUCAGUGGUUUUCUGUUUGUUGUCACUGCCCUUCCCUGUCUGUGUGCUGCCCUCUAGUGGCGGUACAACGACCUUCACUGCCGGAGAUGCAGUGGAGCAGAAGCCUCUCCAGCAGGCUUGAACAGACCUCCAGUGUCACUGUGUUUUAAAUGGGAUCUUCACAAAACAGCAAUAAUCUCUGCCAGUUUUUCAAAAAUAAGUAGCUACUGUAUAUGCAUUUAAUUUUCAAGGAUUUCUUUUUUGGCAUUCAGGUGGUAAUCCUGCUUCAAUGAGCACUGUGUUACUGAGUUUUACAGUAUGUGGCGGAUUCAGCUGGAAUCUGAUUAUGUUGGCAUGAAUACAGCUUUCCUUCAUUUCCCUAACACACAGGAAGUCGUGAGAAUUAAGAUAAUCUUCGUGCCAUGGGAGCAAUUUGUGAUAAGUCUAGUCAGUCUGCUUUGUGUUAACAUCAUGUCAAACACUACAGCCUCCUUCACUGUGUGUCGGCAGCAGAGUUUUUCAACCUUCAAGAUUUUAUUUGUUUAUGGCGCAGCGAAAAUCUAAUUUUUUCCAUUAUCAACAUGUCCAUACGGUAUUUUUUACUUGCUAGGAGACUAUCAUGAGUUAAACGAGCAGUUAGCACCACAGCUGAGCAUUUAAACCUUGAAACUAAAGAAUCCUGAUGACAGAGCUGAAAAUUUUCAGGGCUUCAUAACAAACCUAAGAAACCAAUCCUGGAUUCACUGUAGCAUCAUUCCUCUUCAGAAUCAGUCAUCGCUGGAUUAUUCCAGGAUUACAACUUUCCAUUGUGUAGCGUAGGGGAGCUGGUGUGCAAGAGCUGCAGCAAACAGUAGAGUUACAAUCGAGCCAUUUUAAGACAUUAAUUAUUUUAGUGGAAAAAAAACCCAUCUAAAUAUGUAACCUUGAUACACAGACACACUUCGACUGUAAAGGACUUUGGUUGCACAAAUUACUUUUUUUCUCUAAAUUUAUGCAACCAAAACUUAAAUUGAAUUGAUUUCAAAUCACAUAAUAGAAAAGCAGCCAAUGUUUGGCUAUUUUAGAAAACAGACUUAAACAAAAAAGUGACAGGAGUGCUGUUAAAGUCACUGAAACCACCAGAGCUCUUGGACAGAAGAAUUACAGCAUAAAAAUUCAGUUCUGGGCUCUUAAAGUCGGUUUGAAAUGUAAAAGACCUCUACUGAAGUGAGUUAGAAACAUGCCAUGUGUUUUGGCUGUAAUUCUUCUGCCAUGAUCGGAAUUGUUUGUACGGCGAUUAAUCUACUCAUUUACUAUUUAAACACUGUCUGUUUGCCUUAAAGAACUGAGUUAACUUGGUCUAAAGUGUCACCAUUUCUGUACAAUCCCUCCCUCUUCCCAUGGACAUGUGUAUUUUAUUUUGAAAUCUAAAGGUUGAAAAAUUCUGCCGACUUGACAAACUUGCCUCAAAACAAGCAUCCCAACCAUGUUACGGUGACACAGUGGUACCUGUGUUCUUACGCGAGCUAGCGAUGAGCUGUUGUGCCUUGGUACUCGAUUACUGUUAACCUGACUGAAAUAUCUGCAAUCUGUCACAGUAGCAUUCACCUCUGAAUCCAGACUGAGCUCAAUUUACAGGCAAUAGAACUAUUCCUCUCUUAUUUUAGCACGUUCUUUCUACUUCAUUGUGUUUUUUUUUUUUAUGAAGGCUUUAUUUUGUUUGAUGCACUUUAUUAUAAUUCAGUAAUCGAAUACUCUCCAGCUGGUAAAACAUCUUAACGUUGAGUUUGUUCACAGCCUGACUGAUCCUGAAACCAAAUCCACUCUUUCUGACCAACGCUGUUCUGUUAGCGCUGAAGCGAAUCACUGUGUUUUGGAGGGCAGGGCUGUUAAAACCACACCAAUACUCACCCGGACGCAGUUUCAGAUUAACAAUUUCAACAUGUAAUAAAAAGAAAACAUCCUGCUAGGUUGCAAAGUUUUUCUUUACUUUUAAUCAUUUGCGUUUGAAAGACCUGCUGUAUUAUUUCCCCCGUGUAAUAUAUUGUGAAUUAUAUUAAAAGAUUUUAAACACA